AUGACCCAACGAUCCUCUAUCACCAUCAAGUCAGGGGGCUCUCGGAACUUCAGCGCUUCCUCAGCCAACCUCCUCUCAGGCUGCAGGCCCAGCUUCAGUUCCAUUUCCAUGGUCCAGAGUGGGAAGAGCUUCGGGGGUGGCUUUGGAGGAGGCUUUGGAACCAGGAGCCUCCACAGCCUUGGGGGUAACAAGAGAAUCUCCAUCAGCAGUGGCUACCGCUCCAACCGGACCAGCUUCGGGGGUGCUGGCUAUGGGUUGGGUCUGGGGGGCAUAGGGUACAGAGUGGGAGGAGUUGGCAGUGGCUAUGGAUUUGGAGGUGGGAUGAUGUCUGGCGCUGGAGGUAUCCAUGAGGUCACCGUCAACCAGAGCCUCCUGACCCCCCUUCACCUGGAGAUCGAUCCGUCCCUCCAGCGGGUACGGAAGGAGGAGAAGGAGCAGAUCAAGACCCUGAACAACAAGUUUGCCUCCUUCAUUGACAAGGUGCGGUUCCUGGAGCAGCAGAACAAGGUCCUGGAGACAAAAUGGAGCCUCCUACAGGAGCAUAAAGCGACCCGGGCCAACCUCGAGCCCAUGUUUGAAGGCUACAUCAACAACCUGAGGCGGCAGCUGGACAGCCUGGGGGGAGAGCGCUCGAGGCUGGAGGUGGAGCUGAAGAGCAUGCAGGAAGUGGUGGAGGACUUCAAGAACAAGUACGAAGAGGAAAUCAACAGGCGCACAGCAGCUGAGAACGAGUUUGUGGUGCUGAAGAAGGAUGUGGAUGCUGCCUACAUGAACAAAGUGGAACUGGAGGCCAAGGUGGAAGCCUUAAUGGACGAGAUCAACUUCCUGAGGUCUUUCUAUGAAGCGGAGCUGGCUCAGCUUCAUGCCCAGAUCUCUGAGACUUCCGUGGUCUUGUCCAUGGACAACAACCGCAAGCUAGACCUGGACAGCAUCAUCUCCGAGGUCAAGGCCCAAUAUGAGGACAUCGCCAACCGCAGCCGGGCCGAGGCUGAGUCCUGGUACCAGAUCAAGUACGAGGAGCUGCAGCGGUCUGCCGGCCGGCACGGGGAAGACCUCCGCUCCACCAGGAUGGAGAUCUCUGAGUUGAACCGAGUGAUACAGAGGCUGCGCUCUGAGAUUGAAAAUGUGAAGAAGCAGUGUGCCACGCUCCAGGCUGCCAUUGCCGAUGCUGAGCAGCGUGGGGAGCUGGCCCUUAAGGAUGCCAAGCACAAGCUGGCCGAGCUGGAGGAGGCCCUGCAGAAGGCCAAGCAGGACAUGGCGAGGCAGUUGCGUGAAUACCAGGAGCUGAUGAACGUCAAGCUGGCCCUGGACAUCGAGAUCGCCACCUACAGGAAGCUGCUGGAGGGCGAGGAGUGCAGACUCACCGGAGAAGGUGUCGGGCCCGUGAAUAUCUCCGUGGUCUCCUCCUCCGGGGGCUCGGGCUAUAGCGGGGGCGGCGGCCUCUGCAUGACCGGGGGCGGCUAUGGCUUUGGCAGCAGCGGCUUCAGCAGCAGCGGCGGUAGCUUCAGCUCCACCAGCGGCCGCGGCAUGAGCGGCACCAGCUCCAGCAUGCGCAUCAUCUCCAAGACCUCGUCCAGCAAGAGUUACAGGAGCUAA